AUGACAACAGUUCCAAGAAUUAUGAAAGCCGUGGUAUUUGAUGGCGAAAAAGCGGUUCUCAAUGAAAGCGUUCCAGUCCCUAAAGUAAAUGGCACGCAAAUAUUGGUUAAGGUGAAAGCUGUGGCUGGUAAUCCUACAGACUGGAAGCAUGUCGACUACAAAAUUGCGCCUAAGGGCUCAAUUCUAGGAUGUGAUGUGGCAGGUGUUGUGGUCGAACUUGGACCAAAGGUUGACAAGUCGCGGUUCUCAGUCGGCGACGCUGUCGCUGGAUUGGUGCACGGGGGAUCAGUGAAGUUUCCAGACAACGGUGGACAUGCCGAAUAUGCUUCAUUGGAUUCGCUGCUCUCGUACAAGUUGGAUUUGUCUGCUAGCACAAGUAACGAGAUUCCGGAAGGUCCGGUGAAGACCUAUGAAGCAGCGGCAUCAUUGCCUGUAUCGCUUCUGACCGCUGGUGCCGUUCUCACUAUGCAUCUGGGCAACAAGCUUGAAUGGGACCUCAAGACCCCUCAGCACGAUUUCCCUAUUUUGAUUUGGGGUGGUGCGACUGGUGUUGGCCAGUUGCUGGUACAAGUGGCGAAGCAAUUGCAUGGGUACUCGAAAAUUGUGGUUGUUGCAUCCAAGAAGCACACCAAGUUGUUAACGCAAUACGGUGCCGACGAAGUAUUCGACUACCACGACAAAGACGUCAUUGAACAAAUCACUAAGAAGUACGGCGGUUUCCAAGCACUUGUUGAUGGUGUUUCCACGCCUGAAACUUUCCAACAGGUUUAUAAGUGUGCUGCCGACAAGGCCACCAUCGUUCCAUUAAUGUUGUUGUCAGAGAAGGAUAUUCCUGAAUCUGAGAGAAAAGAGGGCGUUAAGAUUGAUGCCACACUAUUAUAUUUGGCGUCCGGCUACGAUGUUCCAUUCGGGACCAUUACCAUUCCUGCGAACCCUGGGUAUCGUGAAGGGGUUAUCAGAUUUAUCAAUGCCUCAGAAUCAAGAAUCAAGGACGGUAAGCUGCAUCAUAUAGCAAUCAGGGUUUACCAAGAAGGGCUAAAGUCUGUCCCACAGAUUCUAGACGACAUCAAAAAUGGUGUUAAUUCUGGUGAAAAGCUCGUGGCAUCAUUGUGA